AUGGCUGCUACUCGCACAAAGGAGAAUCUCAGAAAAUACAAGGCACAACAUACCAGCGAGCUGGGCGCAUGCUGGGCACGGGCGGGAGCCGUGAGGGCGAGCGGGCGGGCGCGCAGCAGCGACGGACGGGAGAGGGAGUGCCUGAUGCCACGUCACUGCCAACUUCUCAAGGCAAAUCCAAUCUACGCUAAGAUUUCGGUUCUCAUCCACAACGGCAAGCCUAUCUGCGAGUCUCUCAUCAUCGUCGACUACAUCGACAGUGUGUGGCCCAAUCCUCACAAGCUCCUCCCGGAAGAUCCAUACGAAAAGGCUGUGGCUCGCUUCUGGGCAGACUUUGGUGACAAAAAGGUCUAUGACGCCGGUAGCCGACUCAUACGAGCUACCACCGAGGAGGAGCGCAAAAAAGCCAGCGAGGACUUGAAGUGGGCUUUGAUGAAAAUCGAUGAAGCUCUCGACACCAUCGCUCCAGGCAAGCCUUUCUUUGGCGGCGAUUCAACGAACUUUGCAGAUGUUGCUCUGGCUCCAUUCAUCUGCUGGUUCAAAGGCUACCAGAAAGUGGGAGGAUUCGUGCUUCCAGGCCCGGAAGAAUUGCCCAAUCUCCACAAGUGGGUGAACGCCGUAAAGUCCGUGGAAGCGAUCAGGAAGUCCACUCCAAGCCCAGACAAGGUUGGUGAAUUCGCCGAGGUUAUCAGGAAGCGAGCUAUCGGGUCUGCAUAAAGGUAGGAUGUGCCAAACUCGAAAUCUCGAUGUAUAUGUAAAUACUACUUUGAAUAAAGAAGAACCGAUGUAUAUAACCUGUA